ACUGCGACUGGAACUUUCAUCCGCUGCAAACGCUACCAACAUGUCAGCGUCGUUAGCACCAGAAUGCAACGAAGUAAAAGAACGAUACGAUAAUUGUUUCCUAAAAUGGUACAGCGAAAAGUUCCUGAGAGGCACGGCAACAACAGACGAAUGCAAACCCAUAUUCGAUCAAUAUGAGAAGUGCCUAUCGCGAGUCUUGAACGAGCGAGGCAUCGACAAAAUGCUAAAAGAGGUCCGAGACGAUAACAGAGAAAAUGACGCCGAACAUAUGAAACCCAACAAGUAAUGCAUUUGCCGAUACUAUACCUCCUCAACUCUAUUAUCCUAGACAGUCUGGCGUCUGUUCUGUCAUAUAUUGCAUGUACGUCUACUUUUCAUUGUUGGC